AUUAACUUUUUUAUAAAUUAAAUUAGAAAUCAAAACAAUGCUUGGAAAAAAGAAACGAAAGCGUGGAAGACCUCCAACAAUUAAGAUAGAAGAAAGUUCACCAUCUACCUCCACAUCAAAGACAGCAUCAUUUGCUAAAGAUGUUGAACAGAAAAUAUUGCGGACUGAAGAAAUCGUUCUUAUCGAAGAUUUUAUGGUGAAAAAACGAAAACAGAGACACCAACAGUCUAAAUCAAAGGAUGAUUGUGUAGUCAAACAGGAGGUGGUAAUUCAAAGUACUAAGAAGGAUUUAAAUGAAAUUGAAAGUAAUGAUAAUCAGGAUAAAGAUCGAAUCAAAGUGAUGAAGGAGGAAGUUUGCUACUUAACAAAUUUACUUAAUCCUGAUGGUCCAGUGAGUUUGCUGUGUCUUAAUCAAAAUCAGAAUGUUGCACUUGAUGGAUAUGUUGAAAUAGCUGUUUUGCUUGGAGCUGUUGAAAUUAAUGGUUAUCAAAUCAAUGGAAGCCCUGAUCCACAGUUUUACGAUGUGUUUUCUCCAACUUUGUCCAGCUUGCAAUAUUUAAAGGAUGUAUCGCCUUGCAAACCAUCGAUUGAAGCUGUUAAAACACUUCGAGAAAGUUUAAACAGUCUUCUCAAGGAAGAACAAAAAACAUUUUUUGAAACAAAAGAUGCAGAAGAAAUAACUUCCUAUAUACUAAUGAAGAAAAUGAAAACACACUUGCCGCCUUUGCUUUCAAAACUAAACAACUAUCAAGACUUGAAGGAAAUACCACAGGUAUUUUCAGAGCCCUUCGAAUUACCUGUUUUACAAACUGAUGAAUGGAGGGAUAUCAUCUGUGAUAUGGAUGUUGAUAUAUCAAAAAGAAAUCCCCAUGAGUGUCAGUGUUCUGUUUUACUUUGUGGAGGGAAAGAUGUUGGAAAGUCAAGUUUUUGUCGUUAUAUAAUCAACAAGAUGUUGUGCAAACACGGUGCAGUAUUUUAUUUGGAAUGUGACUGUGGUCAAACUGAAUUUACACCACCAGCUAUCCUUUCACUAGUCAAAGUUACAAAGCCAUUACUUGGUCCACCAUUUACCCAUCAACAAAAGCCAUUAAAAUCAUACUUUUAUGGUCACAUAUCUCCACAAGAUGCUCCAACAGAAUAUAUUAACCUCAUUAAAAAAUUGUUUGAAACAUAUCAAAAGGAAUAUCUUAAUGUUGGUCCAUUAGUGAUUAAUCAACAAGGAUGGGUGCGAGGCCUUGGAUUAUCAUUACUUGUUGAUUGCAUACGUAUAACUUCUCCCUGCUUUACCAUUCAAAUCGAUUCCAAUACAGUGGAAUCCCGAAACCUUGCAAAUGAUUUAAGCAAAGACUUUGUAGAUUCUCAAUCUGGCUGGAGUAUAAGCCAAGAUUAUGAAAGUAUAAAACGCUCUCAUCCAUGUAUUUAUUUGAAACUCAAAAAUGCCAAGGUGUUGGAUAAAGUAAAUUCUGUAAAAAACAAAUCUCUUACAUCCAGAAAUCUUGCACUGACGGCAUAUUUCAGUGAUAUGUUUGAAAAGCAUCAAAACGUACCCAUGCCUCCAUCUUUGUCAGCAUUAACACCUUAUCGUGUCAAAUGGUGUGAUGUAGCUAUACACUGCUUGCAUCAAAAUAUUUCAUUUGAUCUAUUGAUGUAUGCUUUAAACAUGACAGUUGUUUGUUUGGCUCAAGUUGACAACAACAUUAUAGGGCCAUCAGAUGAGCUAAAUCCACAUCUUCCACUACAGUUACUGGAACAACCUCAAGCAGAAUUUCUUGGCUUAGGUAUGAUUCGUAACAUUGAUCCUGUGAACCAUCUGUUCUAUAUCCUGACACCAGAACCUUUAGAUGUUGUGAAUAAAGUGAACGCAUUGAUCAAAGGAAACAUUCAGUUGCCACAUACUUAUUUACUAGAUGAUGAGAACAGUACACAGCCUUACUAUUGUUAUGACUAUCCAUCCCUCAGCUCAAAAAUCUCAAGUGGAUUAAAACCGAGGUUUAAUUUGAAAAGAAAACCAUCAAGACUAAAGAACAGUUUUGGUGAGCGUGCAUAAGAAAGGAAUUACGUACUUUUUAAAAAUGUUUUUGUUUAUAAUAUCACAGAUACAAUACUUUUUUAAAUAUA